GCGUCCAGACAGAGGCUGGGACCAGCGGUCAGAGGGACUCAGGUCCCCACCCCAUGAUGCCUAUCCUGAAGAGCCUUCGAAUGCCAGACCCAAAGGGGACCCGUGCCAACACUCUGCCGCUGACACCUUCCAGGAACCCCUUUGAGUCCUCCUCAGGGGCAGAGGAUGAGGAGGAGAAGGGGGAACUGGAUGCCUUCCGUGGGGAGUCAACCCCUACCCUGCCUAAUGGGGCCUCUUGCCACCGCCGGGCCACCCUGGAGAAGCUGGUGGGCCUGUCACCCUUCAGGCUGGUCAGGGGAGGGGGCCGACGGGUGGGCAGCCCUGGAGAUGGGGAGUCCCGCUCCUUCUUGGGCCGGGUGCUGGGCCCUGGGGUCCGGCGGAGCUCUGCCGACUUUGGCCUCUUGGCCAGGCUCAACGGGGCCCGACAGGGUGGAACAGGGGAUGCUGAGGCUGCAGGCGAGGCAGCUCGGAGGCUGGCCUUCUUGAGGCUGGGACGAGGGCCCAAGCCCCGCCGGGGGUCCCUGGCAGAAAGGCUGAUGCCCUCAGGGGAGCCAGCCCUGGGGACAUCACCCCCAGCCCCAGCGCCACCCAAGGUGAAGGAGCCGCUGUCUGUCCUAGAGAUCCUCAGCUUGAUCCAGAAGCGAGAAUUGGCACGGGCAGAUGAACAUAUUCUGGAGUUAGAGGCUGAGGAGAAGCUGGUGACAUCAGGGUCCAGCCCUGGCAGCCUAGGGGAGGCCCGGGGUCUCCCUGAGGGCCGUCGGGCCCGAGAUGUGACCCUCCUCUAUGAAGCGUUGCAGAGAGAGCUCUGGGCACUGGUCAGGGAGACACUGGCAGACCCUGGAGCCACUGGAGGGACUGGAGGGGCCCCCCUGACCCAGCUGGGCCAGGUCCUGGCCCAGGAAGAGGAGGCUGAUGGGCACCGGGGACCGGGGGCAGCCCGGAGGUUCCGGGCCCGCUGGGCAGAGGCUGUGGGCCAGGUGGCUGGAGAGAGGCUGGAGGCAGCUGCCAAAGCAGAGGCUGAGGCCAUGGCUGGGAGGCUGGAGGCCCUGAGGUCUAGGCUGCUGGAAGACAUGGGGGCUAUUAGGACCCGCCUGGCACCUGCUUACCCACCAAGCCUGGGAGCCUUCGGUGUCUACCUUCGGGGUUAUCAUGGAGCCCUCUCUGAUUGGCUGAGGAAGGCCACCUACCAUUGGCUACCUCUGGCUGACCGCUAUGCCCUUCUGUACUGGCAUAACCAAGUUUAUCCAAGGGAGAUCUUGGGCCUGGUGAACAUGGUGGCCCUGGACAAUGGACAACUGGGGCCCCUCCUUCCCGCUGAAACCAUUCGGAGCCUGGAAGAUGAAUGUGUGACUGACGUCAAGGCUCAGACCCGAGCUGCGCUGCUCCAGACCCUGCAGGAAGAGGAAGAGCAAUGGAUUGGGGCUGAGGACCAGCCCAGCAGCCUGGCUCAAGAUGUCUGUGAGCUACUGGAAGAGCACACAGAUCAGGCCCCUCGCAUCAGCCAGGAAUUUGGGGAGCGGAUGGCACACUGCUGCCUGGGAGGGCUGGCUGAAUUCCUGCAGAGCUUCCAGCAGCGGGUAGAGAGGUUCCAUGAGAACCCAAGUGUCCGAGAGCUGUCGAGUGACAGUUAUAUCAGCAGGACAAUUACGUUGGUGAACUGUGGUCCCCCGCUUCGGGCCUUGGCUGAGCGUCUGGCCCGUGUGGGGCCCUCAGAGAGUGAGCCUGCUCGGGAGGCAGCUGCAAGUGCUCUUGACCGCGUCACCCGCCUCUGCCACCGAGUCCUAGCUGACCUGCUCUUUCAAGAACUGCAGCCCCACUUCUCAAAACUGAUGCGUCGAAAGUGGCUGACCAGCUCUGAGGCCCUGGAUGGCAUUGUGGGGACCCUGGGAGCCCAGGCCUUGGCCCUCAGAAGAAUGCAUGACCAGCCCUACCAGGCCCUGGUGGGGGAGCUGCACCGAAGGGCACUGGUGGAAUAUGUCCGGCCCUUGCUGAGGGGACGCCUUCGAUGCCGAUCUGCCCGCUCCAGGAGUCGAGUGGCCGGGAGGCUGAGGGAUGAGGCUGCCCAGCUCCAGAGGCUCUUUAGGCGACUGGAGUCUCAGGCCUCGUGGCUGGAUGCUGUGGUACCGCAUCUCGCUGAAGUUUUGCAGCUGGAGGAUACGCCCAGCAUCCAGGUGGAGGUUGGGGUCUUAGUUCGCGACUACCCUGAUAUCAGGAGGAAGCAUGUGGCUGCCCUCUUAGAUGUACGGGGCCUACGGAGCGCAGCUGCUCGUCAUGAGAUACUGGCUGUGGCCCGGGACCUGGAGCAGAGUGGGGAAGGGGCUCCUGCCCCUCCCAGGGACCGAGCUUUUUUUGCUGACAUUCCCGUCCCUCGGCCACCUUUCUGUCUGGGCCUCCCCCUCCCACUUGCCCGACUACCCCUCACCCGAUUCACUAGGCCUGAUCUUGCCUGCCUGCCCCGGCCCCGCCCUCAGCCUCCUGCCCGGCCUCGUGCCCAGCCCUGAGCGCAACUGGGACUCCUAGAACCUGCCCUAUGAUGCUGCUGUCCCAGCCUGGAAGCCUGUGUCUUCUCCCUUUCCCCCAACAUCUGCUGCUGAGAAAGACCCUGCCCCUAAGGAAGGAUCCUAUCCCUGAAUUUAAAACCAGGUUGUGGAGCAUGGGAUACCAGAGCCAGGAGAGUCCUCAGAACAGAAUGUCAUAGCUAGGAGAACCCUAGGAAGAUAGAAUAUCAGAGCUGGAAGAGCAUUUAGAACAUAGACCAUCAGAACUGGGAGAAUCUUUAGAACAUAGAUCAUCAGAACUGGGAGAACCUUUAGAACACUGAAUGUUAGAUUGGGAGGAACCUUAGAAUGGAGAAUGUCAGUGCUGCAAGGGACCUUAGGACAUAGAAAGUUAAGGUUGAAAAGGA